UUCCCCCUAUCGCUUUCCGGUUUGAGCUUUUCGGCACAUCAGGGCUUCCGUUACUCCUGUGCGCUUUGCGGUGAAACAAAAAGUGUUCUGUGCAUGUGCGUUUACCCUCAAGAUAAUAACUUCUUUCGUGUUUUGGUGAUACUGUGACCUGCUCAAUACUCAUACAGCUAGGCAUGUCGUCGGACGCCUUGAAGAAGCGAAAGUCAAAGGUUCUACGCAGUGAAGGAGGAACCCCUGAGAUGAAGCGAGGUCGUGGAGAAGGGGACCAGCAGGAUGUGCGUGUAUAUAACGAGGAGGUGGAGCUAGACAGCAGGGACCCUGAGCAGGAUUACCAGCAGUAUAAAGAGUCAUGUGAGAGUUUGGCUACACUGAUGAGUGAGAUCCAGGAUCUUAAAGCCAGUGGAGCCAAGGAAGGGUGUGCUGAGAUCGAGCAGAGACGCAUGCAGAGCUGCAUCCACUUCAUGAAUCUAAAGAAACUCAACCGUCUGGCUCACAUGCGACUCAAGAGAGGCAGAGACCAGACACAUGAGGCAAAGCAGAGAGUGGAUGUGCUGCAUCUUCAGCUGCAGAACCUGCUGUAUGAAGUUAUGCAUCUUCAGAAGGAGAUCAGCAAGUGUCUGGAGUUCAAGUCUAAGCAUGAGGAAAUAGACCUGGUGUCUGAAAAGGAGUUUUACCAGGAGGCACCAGAGGAGAUUUCAAGGCCUCCCCUAACAAAAAAUGAUCCACAUCAACUCACACUGGCACGACUGGACUGGGAGCUUGAACAGAGGAAGAGGUUGGCAGAGAAGUACAAGGAGUCCCAAGCCACAAAGGAGAAGAUCCAAAAAAGCAUUGAGGUGAAGAAGGAACAUCUGACAAGCUUACAGCCAGGACUCAAUGCCAUCAUGCAGGCCUCUCUGCCUGUGCAGCAGUAUCUGUCCAUGCCUUUUGAACAGACUCAGAAACAGACAGAAGUCUCGCGCCACCUGCCUCCACCUCUUUAUGUUCUUUUUGUUCAAGCCAACGCAUACGGCCAGGCCUGUGACAAGAACCUGAGUGUCUCCAUCAGUGGAGAUGUGGAUGAGGCCAAAGCCUUGUCCAAGCCUCCAGAAGACUCCCAGGAUGAUGAGAGUGACUCAGAUGCUGAGGAGGAGCAAGAGAAAACGAAGAGGAGAAGGCCAACUACAGGAGGCCAGCUGGAUGACAAAAGACGGGAGAUGUUGAAGAGGCACCCUCUGUCCCUCUGCUUAGAUCUCAAGUGUAAAGAUGGCAGCGUCCUCCACCUCUUCUUCUACUACCUGAUGAAUCUGAAUAUUUUGACUGUAAAGACCAAGGUCUCCACCUCCUCGGACCUCACCACAGCCAUCAGCGCAGGGGAUCUGCUGAAGUCAGAUACUCUGCUCAGCUGCCUGUACACCGGCGACCUCGGAAGAGAAACACCAAACCCAGCUAAUCGCUACCAGUUUGAUAAAGUCGGGAUUGUUUGCUUUGGUGAUCAUGUGGAGGAGCUUGGCCACCCCUACAUGUGGGUUCAGACUCUGGGAGGACUCAACUUUCCAAAGGAUACUACGGAGGGUGUGCGUGUGGGCAGUUCACUGAGUGCCAGUCAAAUGGAGAGCACCAUGAAGCUGCUGAGGGGACGGCUCCAGUCACGCUUGGCUUUGCAGAAACAGUUUGCCUCUUUAGAGCACAGCAUUAUCCCGGUCUCCAGUGAGAGUCGCCAUCUCUUCCCUGCUAAGAUCCUCUCCCGUUUAGCUCGCUGGAGCACCACCACUUAUGAGGAGUACAUGGAUCUGCUGUAUACACGUCAUGUGACAGAAGCUGGGCUUGCAAAGGAGACUGAUCUGUAUUUCAUGGCGGUAGUGGAGAGGGGCACAGCUCGUCUCCAUGCUGCUGUGGUGCUGAGUCCCCGUUACCCAGAAAUCUCCCCCCUCUUCUCCCUCUCUCUCAGCUGGAAGGGAGAGCGUACUGGACGUACUGAUGACAACCUUCGAGCCAUGGAGAGCGAGGUCAAUGUGUUCAAAAAUGAACUGCAGGGACCGCGGCCAGGACACCAGCUCCUGACCAAUCAGAUUUCACGCUUAUGCGUCUGCCUGGAUGUGUAUUUGGAGACUGAAGGACAAGAUGACGGUGUAGAGGGACCAAGAGAGUUUCCCCGGGAAAAGAUGUGUUUGCGCACUGUCAGGGGUCCAAACCGUCUGAAGCCAUUCAAGUACAACCAUCCUCAGGGCUUUUUCAGUCAUCGCUAAACCUGUAUCCAAAUGAUUCUCCCUGCUGUAAUUUACUCUAUCUCCUUCAAGUUUACCUUUGUGUCUUUUAAACAUGAAGUAUCUCUUUUUUAAAGUCUUCGUCACAAUUUUGAAAAUUAAAAAAAAUAUUUUCUUGAA